AUGGAUAGCAAACAGUCGAGGUCGGUCAGCACAUCCAGCAGCCGCCGCAAACCAUCCGCACAGACAGGCACGACCGACGGCACCACAACCCCACCCAGCGGCCCGGCACAAACCAAGCGGAGUUGGCGCGACGUCUUCUGGAAGAGUUCCUUUAUGAACAGCAAGGCUGGCCCAACGAACAAGGACCCCAAUGUCCGAGCGAAGUCAAUGUCGGUGGAUCCUAUGCAUCCAGAGGUAGCGGAGGAGCAGAUGCGGGCCAUGUACCCUCAAUGGCGGAAUCAAGGGUGA